AGUCGCCACACAAAAUCGUGACUUUCUUCACCCAGUGACGUACCGCGGGCCAAGAUGAAGCUAUGCCGAUACCGUUAGCCGUAACGAGUCCUCCGGGGUACUACAUAGUAAUCAAGUCCGGGCAACAGUUCUUCGCGGUCAGCCAUUACAACAUAAUAUUAAAUAAGUUAGGAUACCAUUACUGGUGUAUUUGUUCCACUCGAGUGUUUUCCGAUAUUUGGGAGUGAUAGUUUAUUUUUUUGGCAGCUCGGCAAUUUGUUUAAUUUUUUUUUAAUCAAGAUGACGAAGUGGAGGUUUUUUAUGGUAACAUUACUGUAUUGUUUCACCUUUCUACAAGCAGCUGAAAAUGACAUAGAGGAACCUCCUGAAGGGUAUUUCGCUUUUGUAGAGUCUCCAAACGCGGAGCCUCCCAGAGUAAGGCCUCCUCCAUACAACCUAGUUCCAUAUGAUUGUAGAGAAGACGACUCCAGGGCCUCUAAUGGAUCUCCAAAUAACCUGUGUGGAGAUUUAAAUAAAGGUAGCAUUCCAAGAAAUCCAAUGGGUCAAAACGUAUUGGGAUUUCCAUACCCAUUUGAACUCAUCAGAAAUAUGACAUUGAAAUAUCUCAGUAGAACUCUACCUAUUCUGAAAGCAGACGAUACUCUACCAAAAGUGGCACAAAUGCAAGAUGAUUAUAUCAAUCAAAAUACUUUAUAUUCGUCCUAUCAACAAAACGAUAGAAGCGACAGAACCAAACGUGACCUUACACCCGCACUUUUAGCAACCGAAGCACCGAAAAACUCAACAGCAGCACCCAAACCGGCCAUUUCUUCAAGGCAAGCCAGAAAAUUCUGCGAUCAAGGAGGAGUGUUCUGUAUGCUCUACAAAGCCAUCAAUGGUGAAUCAAGUUCCGCACCUACCGAUUCUGCUCAGCUUCCUUUGGAAAGAAGAGAUGAAGCGCCUUCUAUGGUUCCCAGAUACGAAGGUCCACCAACACCUUGUCCCGCCAAAGUUGAAUAUGCUACUCCAGUUUUUGCUAAAAAUUACCAAGGAGUAUGGAGAUAUGUGGUUCAAAUACCAUACGAGGGGUAUUUUACGCAAACUGUUGAAGUUACAAGAUGUCUGCAAUCCCGUUGCCACUAUUUAGAUGGUGGUUGCUUGUCUUCUCCGAGAUGGUCUAGUCUUUUGGUAGCCGAAAUCUAUUACCCCGAUACAGUUUUGAGCAGCAGUGAUACUCUCAAUCCCCAAAGGAGUCCUGUAACCGGAUCACAACCUCCAUCGGUCCAAGAUUUUCAGAAUUACCAGCAGUACCUGCAAAAACGAGCUGGUCUACCUCCAACGGCCGCUGAUGCUGGUACCACCCAACGACCAUCAUCUCAAUGCGACGGAAUCGAUGCUCUAGGGUGCUUCCAAGUACGACUCUACUACGAUUGGUUUUUAAUCCCAGGUUCUUGUAAAUGCUGGCGGCCCGACUAUUUUAACAAAUACGUCAGAAGGAAACCUAAUCAAGAUCUUUAAAAUUUUUUGAAGAAUUUUAUACCUAUUUAGUUAAAAGUCUAUACUUGAAAACCCAGAUUUAUAAAUAAUUACCUUUAAAUAAAAAAAAUAUGGUAUAUUAGAAAUUAGACCUAUUCUUGAUCAUAGUAGAUGCUAAUGUCAAAAAUUACAUCUAAAAAUAUAAAUUUCUCAAACACAGAUACGAGUUAUGCCUGCGAUAAGUAAGCACGCCUCUGAAUGAAUCUACAAACUACUAAGAUUUAUUUAGAAAUUAUGUUUUUAGGUACUAAAUGUAAGCUGCUAUUUUUAAUUUUGGAUUAUUUUACAAUAAUGUUACUUUUAAUUGAUACUAUAAAUUCAUAUGUUUAUUAUUUAAUGAAAAUUGUUAUAUAUAUUUAUAAAUUUGUUUAGUAGAUAGGUACACGUGAAAAAAGAAUCAACAUUUCCAUUUGAGUUAAGCAGUAUGAUUACAUUUGUUUUUUGUUUAUUGUUGCAUUACAAUAGAAUUAAGCUCUUGCAUUUACAAUAGAAAUAAACCAUGAUCUUUUUCUAGAUUGACUCAGUAUUUUAUUUGUUGAUUAGGAACUAUUGUUUCCAUAAAUUAUAUUAUUCUAGUUAAUAUAAAUAGGGUUUUUAAGUAUAGCAACAUUAAGACUGUUUGGUCCACGUUUUUAUUAAAAAAAACGUAUUUUAAUACAAAAUAAGUUGUUAAUAAUUACAACGAAUGAAACUAAUUACCCAGUAAAACUCCGGUUUUGAAUGACCAAAAAUAUUUUUCUUAUAUAUACUUAUAAAUAGAUAUAAUUUUUAGUAAUGUACCAACAAAUAUAUUUUAAAAACGGAAACAAUACAAAAAAUACUUGGUUUAAAGGAUAAAGGGUGUUUUUAAUGUAAAAUUUUUUUGCUUCCUUUUUAAAUGUUUUUUUAUAGCUAUUUUUAAAAAUAGGUUUAUAUUUGGCAUUUAAAAAUAGAAGCAACCGAUGUGAAAUAUUCUGUCGAAUUUUUCUGUACAUAUUUUAAAUUUAUAUUAUCUGGGUGGCAGCGAAUUAGUAUUAAUUUUAUGUAAAGUGUAAUAUAUUUUGCCA